AUGGCGACGGGAUUCUUCCACCACAUCGGAACAUUCCUGUUGUUCGCAGCCACUAUCCUGCUCAUCAUCACCUGCAUCUCGGCGCCGGUGGUACACGACCUGUCGAUCCUCAAGGUCGAGCUGGGCGGCGCUGGCGGCAAUGGCCAGCGGAUCUCGUUUGGCACGUUUGGCUACUGUUUAGUCAAGCCCAAUGCCGACGACGCCUGCUCCACCUCCCACAUCGGCUACUCCCCCUCCUCCGUCCUCCGCCAACAAGACGGCACACAAUUCUCCACCUACGCCGACGACUCCGCCCGCGCCCUGACCCGCGCCAUGGUCCUCCACCCCAUCGCCUGCGGCAUCAACUUCAUCGCCUUCCUGCUGGCCCUAGGCGCCGGCACCAUCGGCUCCUUCCUGGCCUCUGUCGUCGCCUUACUCGCGUUCUUGGUAACCGCCAUCGCGUGCAUCAUCGACUUUGUGCUGUUCAGCAUUGUUAAGAGUAAUGUGAACGAUCGGGGCGCGGAGACGGGCACGGGCGCGUAUUAUGGUGCGGCGGCGUGGACCAUUUUGGUGUCGGCGAUUUGCUCGUUGAUUGGGGCGGUGGUCGUGUUUUUUACGUGCUGCUCGGCGAGGAGGCAUAAGAGGAGGCAGGGGGCGGUCAAGACGGAGUAUGCGUCGCCGCCGAGGAGGAGGCGGUUUGGUAUCUUUUAG